UACAAAUUUAGAAACAACACUUAGUUACAAACAUAAUCCAACGGCCUAUUGUUAACUUGACGUACGUGUGCCGUUCCAAUCUCACAAGGAUUCACUCUUGCUACGUAUCCGAGGGAGCACAGAGACUCACCAGUUGAGGAAGGUUCAGUUGUGAUGUUAACAAACAGUCGCCACUUAAGCAGGGCUCUAAUAACAGAGUUCGACCAAGUUUCAUUUCUACAUAAUAAUUCAAAAGGUUAUUUUUUUAACAGUUUUACCGUUUUCUUUUGGUUCAAAUACAAAGUUUUCUUCUUUACGAUUCUGUCUCAGAUACCCACAAUGUGCCCCUGAGCCGAGGUGGGCUCUUUCAUCCGUUGCGUAUCGAAAUCAGCUCCAAAAGUUCAAUCAGAAUCGUCAAGUUUAUGGCUUAAGCUUCAAUUUUGGUCGAAUUUUGAAGGGUCUUGUAAAAAUGCUGUGAUCUUUCCGCAAUUGUGAAACCGCUUUAGCCUCUGUUUAAGCCAUCACUUAGGGUGUUUUUUUCUUGAAGCAAGACGCAUUUUGGAAGGAUGGAAAUGGGUAAUCAAUCGAGGAGUCUCUUAGCUCUGUGGGUGAAUUUGCUUUCAAUGUUGUUAGUAAUAAUAACAUUGAAGGAGAGGAGAGCGGACUUUCUCUUUGCCACACAGUUUAUGGCCCCAGAGCUACAGGCAACGUUCAAUGAGCAAAUGGAGGCAGGGCGUGGUAUAUGCAGAUCAACCUAUACUCGAGCCAUUUAUACCAUCCGGUUCAAGUCAAACAUCAAAGCUUUAAAUAAGGCGCUCAAUGGCCUGGUUGAUGUUCAAAACAAAGUGGAAAAAGACCUCAAAACCUUGGAGAUCAAAGGGAAGUCCUUGAAUGUGCAACUGAGGAGAUGGCUCAGAGAAGUGGAAGAGAUAGGCUCCGAAGCAAAUUCAAUUCAAGAAGGGCGUGCUUCAUGUGCUCUGUCCUUGAGAUGUAAGAUGAGUAAAAAACUUAUGGGAGUUCUUGAUAAAGUCAAGAAGCUUCAGAAGCAAGGCUUAGAUCUUCUCGACAUAUUUUCUUUGGAAGGAAGAUCUGUACUAGUUGAGAGAAUCCUUGGACCCUCGAUCACUGAUCAAACAAUAGCAUCAGAGAUGUUAGUCAAAGUUCUAAGCUGUUUGAUGAGCGAUGAUGUUCAAAAGGUCGGUAUUUGGGGAAUAGGAGGUGUUGGUAAAACUACUUUAGUCCGAGAACUGAACAAUAAGCUAUGGAAAGAAGCUGAUACACAGCCUUUUGGUAUGGUGAUAUGGGUUACAGUCUCCAAAGAGUUUGAUUCGGGAAGGGUCCAGAAGCAAAUCGCUGAGAGAUUGGAUAUGGAAAUCAGAUUAGGCGAAAGCGAGGAAAGACUGGCCAGACGGAUAUAUGGAAAGCUUGAGAACGUAAGUAGCUUUCUUCUCAUUCUUGAUGAUGUUUGGAAAUCCAUUGAUUUAGACAAGUUGGGGAUUCCACAAACAGAUGGACACAAGGAUAGAAAGAUUGUCUUGACUUCUAGAUAUUUAGAGGUUUGCCAGAGCAUUAAAACGGAUAUUGACUUCAGAGUGAAUUACUUAUGUGAAGAAGAAGCUUGGGAAAUGUUUUGUAAAAAUGCUGGAGAAGUUACUAGAUUAGAUCGUGUUAGACCCAUAGCAAAAGAGGUUUCUCGGGAAUGUGGUGGAUUGCCGUUGGCUAUCGUCACGGUUGGAAUGGCUAUGCGAGGGAAAAAGAAGGUCAACCUGUGGAAACAUGCCCUUGAAGAACUCAAGUGUUCGGUGCCUUAUGUCAAGAGUAUUGAAGAAAAGGUCUACCAGCCGUUGAAAUGGAGCUACAACUUGCUCGAGCCAAAGAUGAAAUCUUGCUUCCUCUUCUGUGCCUUAUUUCCAGAGGAUUACUCAAUAGAAGUGUCUGAGCUUGUGAGGUACUGGAUUGCCGAAGGGUUCAUUGAUGAAACACAAAACUAUAGCUACUUAAUGAAUCAAGGAAUCACCUUGGUGGAGAAUCUUAAAGACUCUUGCUUACUUGAAGAGGGUUCUCACGGUGACACAGUUAAGAUGCAUGAUGUGGUUCGCGAUUUUGCCAUAUGGGUCAUGUCUUCCUCGCAAGAUGAUAGUCACUCUCUUGUCAUGUCCGGUAUAGGUUUGUGCGAGUUUCCACAUGAGAAGUUCGUUCCUUCAAUCCGAAGAGUUUCUUUGAUGAACAAUAAGCUUAAAAGGCUCUCAAAUCAAGUGGUAGAAUGUGUUGAACUCUCAACUUUGCUGCUACAAGGAAACUUUCACUUGAAGGAAUUGCCUGAGGGGUUCUUGAUAUCUUUUCCAGCACUUCGAAUUUUGAAUCUAAGUGGGACAUGCAUAAGGUCGUUGCCCAACUCCCUCAACAAGCUUCAUGAGCUAAGAUCUCUCAUCUUGAGAGACUACUACUACCUUGAAGAAGUUCCUUCCCUUGAAGGCCUUGCAAAAAUUCAAAUUCUGGAUCUUUGCGCCACUCGAAUAAGGGAAACUCCAAGAGGGUUGGAAACUUUGAACAGCUUGAGACUACUUGACCUUUCGCGUACACAUCAUCUCGAAAGCAUUCCAGAAGGAAUCAUCGGACAGUUAUCAAGUUUAGAGGUUCUAGACAUGACCCUUAGUCAUUUCCACUGGGGCGUCCAAGGACAAACUCAAGAAGGGCAAGCAACACUUGAAGAGAUUGCGCGCCUCCAACGUUUGUCGGUCCUCUCAAUCAGAGUCGUAUGUGUUCCACCUCUCUCCCCUGAUUACAAUUCCUGGAUAGAAAGGUUAAAGAAAUUCCAGUUGUUUAUCGGUCCAACAGCAAACUCUUUACCUUCUAGACAUGACAAGCGGAGAGUGACUAUUAGUAGUCUCAAUGUUUCAGAAGCAUUCAUUGGAUGGUUGCUAGAGAAUACAACUUCUCUAGUGAUGAACCAUUGUUGGGGUCUCAAUGAGAUGCUGGAGGACUUGGUAAUCGAUAGCACGAGUAGCUUCAACCUAUUAAAAUCUCUAACGGUAGAGGGUUUUGGUGGAAGUAUAAGACCCGCUGGUGGAUGUGUCGCACAGCUGGAUCUUCUACCUAACCUUGAAGAACUUCAUCUGCGUCGUGUAAAUCUGGGAACCAUUAGAGAGCUCGUUGGUCACCUGGGGUUGAGAUUUGAGACACUGAAACAUCUAGAAAUCAGCAGAUGUAGCCAGCUCAAAUGCCUUCUUUCAUUUGGGAACUUCAUCUGUUUCCUGCCGAACCUACAAGAGAUACACGUUAGUUUUUGUGAAAGGCUUCAGGAACUGUUUGACUAUUUUCCAGGAGAAGUUCCAACCUCUGCUUCUGUGGUACCUGCUUUGCGUGUCAUAAAGCUAAGGAAUCUUCCGCGGUUGAGGAGAUUAUGUAGCCAAGAAGAGUCACGGGGAUGUCUGGAACAUGUGGAAGUGAUAAGUUGCAAUCUUCUGAGGAAUCUACCAAUAAGUGCAAAUGACGCUCAUGGAGUCAAAGAAGUAAGAGGAGAAACACACUGGUGGAACAACUUAACUUGGGAUGAUAACACUACAAGAGAAACUCUUCAGCCUCGUUUCAUAGCAUCUGACGGGAAUAUACCUACUGGCUCUCUUGGAAUGUCUUGCUAUCAGAGGUCCAACACAAUUGAAGAAGCUUCUCCAGUUUCUAGCUUACUAGAAUCUCAGGCUGAAGAGCUUCUGUAGCUACAAUGUAAUCAUGGACUUACAGAGGUGUGGAUAAUACUUGGCUCACUUGCAAAUAUCUUGUCACCGGGGCUCCAGCUCAAUCUAAUAGAGAGAGAAGAGGUUUCUCCAGUUUAGAUAGAAGACCUAACGUCUGAGGAGCUUAUGAAGGGACACUGUAAUCCUCGAGUUGCAGAAAGUUUCAGGUUCAACAGGUGACCCUCACUUUGUCAAAAAGUUUUCAGGUUUGAGCAGUGAACCAUGUUAGCCACUGUAGUUUAACCUGCUCGCAUUUGCUAGGAGGCCUCAAAAGUGUCUGGUCUUCACAAAGGAGAAUAUUUAAGAUGUAGUAGUCCGUUUUCUUACACUUUCAUAAAUUUCCUUUGUCAAAAAGAUGCAGAAGGUUAUGGUAAACGUGGGUUUGCUGCUCUGGUCGACAUACUUUGCCGAAAAUCAAGAGCCACGAGAAGUCUCAAAGGCUUGAGUCAAGAGCUUUCUUGUGCCAGGGACAGGUCAGUAUUAAGCAACGUGCAGACCCAACAUUACGGUCCAGUUGGUGGAUUUAAUCAUCAUUUAUGCAGCUAUAUCGAGGUGGCAACUAACAAAGAUGUAAAUAUAUGUGUAACGGUUUUAUAAUUAGUGACAGGUUUGAAGGUGUUCUACCUCAAGAAUUCUUGGAUAAUUGUUUCUCUUGUCUUGUGUGUAUUUGAUUGUUUAUCACUGGAUUCCGUGCAAUGAAAGUAAACGUGAAAUUUUAUUUUCUGUA